AUGGCCGAGCUCACGUACCGACCCGGGAAGCAUCGUCCCGUGGUCGAGCCGUUUCAGCCUCGCCACCAUAAGCCGCGCACGACCGCGCAGUGCGAACCGGGAAGCAUUGUCUCGCGGCCGCGCGGCAUACAUCACGUCCCGCAGCCAAUCCAACCGUCGACCAGGAAGGGUUCGUCCCACAACCGGUCCAGAACCUUCGGCCAAAUCAUCCAUCCGUCCGACCCCGACGGCCGAACGCGAAAACUCUCGGCCACGAUCGUCCCGACUGUGCCGAUAGCCGACCACGACCCGAUAGCCGGCCGAUCGUCCCGACCGACGUCCGAACAGUCCGGUCGACCCGAAGCCCGUUUUGACACGUUUUCACGGCCCGACUUAACCUAA